AAGAUAAUAAUGCUUAAGGAGGUGAGCAUAAGUAUUGGCGACGAGAUACGCGACCAAAACCAGUUUUUGACAACUGUGGGCGACGACAUGGAGAGCAUGGGCGGGCGGCUCAAGGCCACGAUGAGGCACUUCAACGACAUGUUGGCGCGGCAAGGGUGCGGGCCAUUUUUCUACCUGACAAUAUUUGCCAUUGCCGUGUUUGUCUUCUUGUACAUGUAUUUG